AUGACCAUCGAAGAAGAUGGUGGUGAUGAAGACGAUCCAGAUGAUGAUGUGAAGAAACUUCCCUCACAGUUGUCAAGAGUUUUUGUGGAGUUCUUAUUGUUUUUGAUCGUGCCUGGUGAUGGCCAUGAUGAUGUCUCUCCGACUGGUGUGUCCGGUGAUAGUGGUUUUCUUGGUGACUGGUGCGUCGGAUGGUGGUCUCCUCCGAUGAGUGGUGUAUCCGGUGGUGGUGUUCCCCCGGCAAGUAGAGCAACCGGUGGUGAUGUUCUUCCGACAAGUGGUGUGUCGGGUGUUGGUGUAACGGGUGCUAGUGGUGCUCGGUUUAGUAAGUUACGGUGGAGUCGCCGUUGUACUCCUUGGAUAAUCUAG